AUGCCUCCACAGCAGGGUGAGGUGUCACUCUUGACACUUUUCGCAGAUGUGCACUACUACAUCUCCCCGCCUACACAAACCCCCCCACACCACCGCUUCGACAAGAGCUCCUAUGUCUAUCUCUACCACGAUCCCAUGCGCCAGAGUGGGCGCAUCGAGAUAGCAAACCAUGCAGGCACUCCCCAUCAAGAUGCUUUUGCCGGUCAACUGGACACAGUGAAGAUUGAGCAGACAUACAAGCACCCAUGUCUGUUCACCCUGACAGUCGACGCAUUCCAAAGCCACAAUGGAACCGCAACCCCUCAUCAAGACGUGUCGCAAUGGCACCUCCCUACCCCUGACCCCUCGAAUCAGGGCAAAUACAUGUACAGGCUACACACAGUAGACAUGUACUUUUGGACGCCAGAGGAUGCGAGUCUCUUUCUAGACUCCAUCCGCAGAGUACUACAACCACACCAACUGCAGAUCACGCGCAAUCCCAAUGCAACCCCAACACACUCUGAGCACAAGAACGAUACGUUUAGUCCUGUCAUUGCUCGACUGGAGAAUGCAGCCAUAUCACACACCAGCCGGAGCCCAAGUAUCAGCACUACACAGUCGUUUCCUGGUCCUCCAAGUGCUCCUCCACCAACAUCGCCCCCUGCAAGCGAGCAACCGCCCAACUACGCCCCAAUGGCUUACAACCCUGCUGCGCCUGCCGCACCUGAACCCAUUGCUCAUCGUGAGAAGACACCUCCACCAGAAGAUGCCAGUGAUGGAACUGGUCUUGGAGCCUCUGCUAUGCAUGACCAGCAUGCCGCGCAAUACAGCAAUCCUUUGCAAGCGUCGUUCGCUCCCCAGCCAACGUCGGGAGCAUACUUUCCUGGACCACCUGCUCCAGGACAGGGCUUCACUGGUCCACCCGGCGUGCAGCGUACAAACACCGCAGGAUCAGUACCAAGUGCACCGCAGAGCCCGCCAUCAUUUGCGCCACCACCAUCUGCUCCUCCUCUAGGCCAAGUCAACAACACUCCGCCCCCGCCAGCAUUGAGCCGGACUUCAACCAUGCCUGUUCAACAGUAUGCCAGUGCCAACUAUCCCAAUUCCCCUGGCUUUCCUCCGGCUCCUCAGUCUCCUCCCGCACAUUCAGCCGUGCCCUCGCCUGGCUUCCCACCCCAACAGUACCAGCCCAUGGCUUCACCUGGCUACUCACAAUUUCAAUACGGCAGUACAGCAGCACAGGCAACACAAGGGCAGAGCAUACACCAGCAGGCCUACAGGCCGACUGAGAGCGAAGCUGCUGUGCACCACCACUCGAACCCGAAUGCACCACAACGCAACUCCAACAUUGGCAAACGGGUGGACAAAGUGGAGAAGGGCAUUGGCAGUUUCUUGAAGAAAUUGGACAAGAAAUUUUGA